UUUCUUCACAUUUCUAUAGUAAGCGAGAAAUUUUAUUCAAAAACUUUCUGUUAAAUUCCCGCACAAUUCAAAAGCACAACCAAUCACGAAGUUUUCACGAUUUUCAUUUAGUUCGAGUAAAUUAUAUUUUAACCAUGUCAGAGCGAAGUAAGCGACCUGUUAUCCUGCUGAAAGCGCCGACCGCAGAUGACUUAUAUGGUCCGACGAUGCGUAACCAUAAUCUGGAUCCGAUUUUUAUAGCGCCUUCCCACUUUGUGUUCAAGAACUUAAGGACACUGCGAGCCAAGCUCAUGGAACCGCACAAAUAUGCUGGGAUUAUCUUUCCCUCACCGCGAUGUGUCCAGGCGGUGCACGAAGCACUGGACAGGAAUCCCCUGCCCAGCUGCUGGCGCCCUUUACACAACUACGCCCUGGGAAGGAGCACCCACAACGCGGCCUGGUUUACCCUUCAGAAUCUACCCACUAUGGGUGAUCAUGCCGCGAACGCCCAUAACCUGUGUGAUCUGAUUGUGGAGACAUUCGGACCCAAGCGAGAUCUUCCCCUGUUGAUGCCAUGCGGCAAUGGAGUCGGUCAGACCCUCCGUCUGCGAUUGGUGGCCCAAGGCUUUCGGGUGGACGGCUGUGAGGCAUACGAGAGCCAAUCCCAUCCAGACUUUGCUGAGCAAAUGCGCCACGCUCUGAAAUACAAGCGCAUGGAGACCAUCGUGUUUUUUGGUCCCUCCAGCGUCCGCAGCUCCCUUCAGUUUUUCGAAAAGUACAAUGUCUCUUUGAAGGACCGAAAGCUAAUAGCCGUGGGAGCAGGAACCAGAAAGGCCAUGGAGGACGCAGGCAUGCAGAUGGACGCCGUGGUGGACCCCACCGACCUGGGCCAGCUAUUGAGAGCAAUCAAAUCCUAGUUUAGUUUGUUGUUUUUAUUUGUUUUUACUUUGGUAUGCUUUCCAAAUCUGUUUAGUGUAAUUCUAUAGAUUAAAGCUCAUAAACGUUAAAAUUUAA